CCCCCCCUCUCUCUCUCUCUCUCUCUCCCCACACACUCCCCCUCUUUCUCUCUCCCCAUCCACUCUCUCUCCAUCGCCCCCUCUCCAGCGAGGAGCCGCGGGCGGGUUCCCAUGGUCGCUGCCUUCAGCCCGGGGAGAGGAGGGGGCGCCCGGCGGCCGCGGACCCAGCGAGCGGUUCUCCCCGCGGUGACGAGCGCAACAUGCCGGAAGGAACAGGGGCGGCUGGUAGAAGCACACCUAGCGACCGAGCCCCUUCACGGCCCAGCUCGGCCUCGUCGCUCAGCCUGAUGUCGGCGGUGGUGGGGGGGAUGUCCGCAGCCCGCAGCUCCGGCAGCUGCACGUCGGUCAACACGGUUUGCUCGGACAGCGAGCGUCCGGCCAGCCUCAGCUCCUCCGCCUCCUCCGCCUCGCUGCAGGAGUCCCACAGCGCCUUCGGCAGCAGCGGCGCCCUGGCGCCCGUCGCCCCCGGCAACCCCGGCCCGCACAGCAGCGACAUCAGCCUGGACCUGACGCCCGUGGGCCCGGCCGAGGCUCCGUCCGAACCGCCAGGGCCGGCACCCUCCCCUCGCCCCGUCGCCCGGGACAACGGCGGGCGGCCUCCGGAGCGGAAGGAACCCCAGACCAAGCCGUCGCACGUGGAGCGGGUGGUCAGGGAGAUCGUGGAGACGGAGCGGGCCUACGUGAGGGAUCUGAAGAGCAUCGUGGAGGAUUAUCUGGGCUGCAUCAUCGAUUGUGGAGAACUCCCCCUGCAACCCGACGAAGUCAACACCUUGUUCUGUAACAUCGAGGAUAUCUAUCAGUUCAACAGUGAGCUCCUGGAUGACUUAGAACGCAGCAAGGACCCCAUCGGAGUGGCCGAGUGCUUUGUUGAUCGGAGUGAAGAGUUCGACAUCUACACCCUCUACUGCAUGAACUACCCCAACUCAGUGACUGUCCUACGAGACUGCAUGAGGAACGAGAUUUUGGCCAAGUUUUUCCGCGCCCGCCAGACCACACUCUCGCACUCCUUGCCCCUGGAGACGUACCUGUUGAAGCCCGUGCAGAGGAUCCUCAAAUAUCACCUCCUGCUGCAGGAGUUGGCGAAACACUUUGACAAGAGCGCGGGGGGUUACGAGAUGGUGAAGGAAGCCAUCAUCACCAUGACGGCCGUGGCCUGGUACAUCAACGACAUGAAGAGGAAGCAGGAGCAGGCCGUGCGGCUACAGGAGAUUCAGAACUCGUUGCUUAACUGGAAUGGUCCCGACCUGAUUGCGUUCGGGGAGCUGGUGCUGGAAGGGACGUUCAGGGUCCAGAGAGCCAAGAAGGAGAGAACGUUGUUCCUGUUCGACAAGAUGUUGCUCAUCACCAAGAAGAGAGCCGAGCAUUUCAGUUACAGUCUGCACAUCUUUUGCUGCAACCUGACACUAUCAGAGAAUGUGAAGGAUUCGCUCAGCUUCCGUGUAACGGACCUGACGGUGUCUCGACAACAACACACCCUCCAGGCGAAGAACCAAGAGGAAAAGAGGUUGUGGAUCCAUUACCUCAAGCGUCUAAUCGUAGAGAAUCACCCUAUCUCCAUCCCUCAAAAGGCUAAGCAAGUGCUACUGGAAAACUACUCUCAUUACUCGCCGGACAAUCGCUUCAGCCCAGAGCCCACGAGGAAAGUCUUUCCCUCGCCCCGUCUAGACGACUCCCGAGGAUGCUCGCGAGGACGCAGACAGUCCGAACCUCCAGUGUUCAUUUACACCCCGGAAAGAGCAAAGAAAGUCUUCCCGUUGCUGACCACGGAGAGCCCUAUGUCGUUCAGACGGGGAAGGAGACAGUCCGAGCCAAGCAAACAGAUCCAAGCGGCCAUUGACCAAACCGGAUCGUCGCUGAAGUAUGCAGGUAGUGAGGAUGACCUUCUGUCUAACAUGGAGACCCUGAGCCUGCUGGGCAGUGCCAGCACGCUGGCAUCCAGUGUCCUCGAGCUUGAUGCCGAGCCCACCGAGUCAGUUUCACUGGAGCUGCCCCCCGGUGGGGACCCGGCCCGGACCAGCGGCCAGAGCCAGCGCCAGGACACGGAGCAGCAAGAUCCCAAUCAGUACGAUGAACCUGAGUUCUGUGGCAUUGGAAACAUCGACCUGGAGAUGGAACAGAUAUUCGCUGGGAUGGAGUGUUUGCAGAAGAGGGCUUGCGAUGACCUCCACGCCAUCGUGGAGGAGAACCCGGGGCAGUGCAGACUCCCUGGUGUGGAGGACACCCUGGUGGAUGUGCUGGAUGUAGAAGGUCCACCACUGGUGGACAUCUCCUCAUCCAUCAAGGUCGAGGAGAGUGGACCCUGCAACAGCGGAUCUUCCGAAGACGGCGGUCCCCGCAAAGAAAGUAGAAUUCCCUCUUUGAGGAACCUGGAGAACUCGGGAGAGUUGGAGGAAAGGGAUCAACAUGUUCCGGAGGAUGGCGGUCACUGUGUUAGCGGUGGACCCAGAAGCAUGGACAAUGCUGGUAUUGGCCAAAGUCUAUUACUGAUGGCCAAGGAUGGCUGGACUCGGGACGGUGUGGAUGAUGCAUCAACCAUUGGAGAGGACAGUGCCACCACCAACGGCCAUGAGAUGGAGGUGGAGGACCAGGCUGUGGAAGAGAUGGUUCCCAUGGAGCAGGGUCUGAUCUCCAACCCUGAUGAUGGACAAGAGAAGGGAAGAGUUGGCAACAAGGAUUCUUCGCGGACCGAAGAUGAUCGGUUGCUGAUCGAGAAGAUCAAGAACUACUACGAGGCAGCGGAGAUGUCGGGCGAUGCGUUCUACCUCCAGCAGCGGGAGAGCGUGUCGUUCAUCCCCACGGGGGUGGUGAGAGAUUCUGUCUUGCGCUUCAACUGCCGGCUAGCGCACAUCGAGGAGACGCACGGUGGCAAGGCGGGCGGCGCGGAGAACGUGGGCGAACGCGGUGGGGAGAAUGUGGCCGCGCCAAUCCCACUGCCACACAUCCCCGGCCCGGAGUCCCCCAGUCUCUAUCCUCCCCCCGCUCCCCUCUCCCUGCCGGCCUGCAACGGGCUGGCCAGCCCGGAGACGGAGACGGAGACCGAGUUCAGGUCUUGCGCCGAGAUCAUCAAGGUUUGGCGGGAGAUGGAGAAGGCGGCUCACUUCUGGGGCGACUACGACAGGCUGAAGAAACCACCGCCGCGAGCAGCCGCGACGUCCGGCGAGCCGCUGGUCAUCGUGGAAGACUCCGAUCUCCGCCCUCCCGGCGACUCCCCGGCCCCCGGGCGUAGACGUGCGGAGGGGGGAGGAGAACCCGCUGACCACGCGUUGUGCUGCCACGGGCAGCGGUCCUUGUGCCCCGGCUCCGAUGCCUGCCUCCUCCACAACUCGGAGAAGAUCAUGAAUAAGGUGCAGGUGCUGGCUAAGAUGUACAGCCAGAGGAUCGCCAGGAAGAAAGCCCCCACGCAGCGGCAGGUGUGGGAGCCACGUCCAAUGCAGCUGAAGCAGCGACGCAGGAGGCCGGCGCAUCUGUCCAGGGCACUGGAGUGCCAGCACAUCCACACCUACGACUCAGUACAUGGUCUGGAGCCUGUGGUCGGGUUUGGUCACCUCAUUGUCCGAGACCCCAGCCCAGCCGUCUAUGUCCAGGAGACCAGCGUCCAGCCGGGGGCUCUCCGGAUUCAGCUGCCCGCCCGCCCCAGUGGCCCCACCCACCCCGUGCCAGCACCCUGGGGUGCCCUGCACCCGGUGGAGGGCGUGUCCAGCAGCGCAGGCCCGCCCCCCCGCCGACCUGCCCCGACCCAGGGCACCCUCACCCCCCCCGCUGGCUGCCAGCCCCCCACCCAUGGGUGCCCUGUCAUUGUGCACCCCGUCCGAGCUGUGCUGCCCCCUGCCCAGCUGGGUGUCACUGCGGGGGCAAUCCCCCUCCCCCUCUGCCAUCAGGCAGCUGGAGCAGUGGAUGAGGCAGCCCCGAGGUGCCCACACUGCCCACCCAUCACCCACCCAACCCUUCCACCCAGCCCUGUGCUUUGCCCGGCCCCAAGAUCCAGUCCUCGCCCUUCCUGGGUAAACGCUCUUCACCCAACUCAGGUGUAGAGUUCUCACCGGCCCAUCCCUGCCCCGAACCGGACAGAGAGAGCUCACCCAUGCCCACUCUGC